CCGAUGCCGAAAAUUUCUUACAAAGACUUGCACGAAGAUUUAUUUUACCAAGACAUUCUCGAGGACUAAUAGUAAGAUAUCCUCAAGCUCCCCGUGUUACCUCCCGUGCGGCUACUACUAUUAGAACCACUUUACCGGGAACUACAGUUAUUGAAACAGCAAAAUUACCAUUAGAGACCUUUGCUCCUGCCACUACAAUAAAUACACAUUUAAUAACUCCAACAAUAUCUCCUACUGAUGCCACAAGUCCAAAUCCUAGUAAUGAAAGUAAUUCCAAUAAUAAUUUUGCCCCACCAAUUCCUCAAAGCACUAGUGAUGAUAAUUCAUCAACAACUAAAUAUGUAAUAAUUGGUGUUUCAGCGGCCGUCGGAAUUAUUUUAAUUGUUUCAUUAGUGUUUAUAAUUAGAAAAUUACGUUCAAAUUCACGUCUUAAACAUAAAAAUGCUAAUAGUGGAAAUUCAAGAGAUACAGGAAUUACAGGAAUUGGAAAUGUAAAUUCUAAUGGAUUAAGAAAUAUUAAUCAUUCAUCUCAACAAGGGAUGGCGAGUUACAAAGAUGGUUCAAUUCAAAGUUAUAAUGCUUCAUAUGGAAGUGGUUUAUAUUCAACAAGAAAUCCUUAUCCAGUAGCAAGUGAUUAUUCUGGUCAUUCGGGUAGUUCUUCCCCCGUAGGUAGUAAUUACUAUGGUUAUAAUGGAAAUACCUUUCAAGAUCCAAAUUUCGUUACUCCUAAUUUCUUACCAGCUGGAGGUAUGGAUCGUCGAAUUAUCAGAGAUAAUAUAAUGGAAAUUGCAAAUGACGAAGAUGGGACUCAAGUAAAUUUAAGAAAUUAUAAUACUUUAUCAAUGCCUAGUGAAAGAGAAAGUGAACAAGAAUCAUUACGAUUAUCACUUUUAAAUGAAAAUUCUAGAAAUUCUAGAAUGUCUUCUCCGAGUGAUAACAAAAGUCAAACAAGCCAAAGACCUAUAUAUUUCUAA